AUGCUCCUUGCUCCAUCUGCGAAACGAUUAUCUUGUCUCGCUGUCUGUUUCUGGUCUCUUGUUGCAUUCCAAGAAGCCAAGACAGCGGAAGGAUGCUCUGUGAUCGAACCCGGUCGUAUCGGAACCUUCAUCGUUGAAGAGUCCAUUAGAACAACCUCUGAUCCGUCCCUGUUGGCGGCCUUGUUGGGGACGUACAAUCAGACGGAAGAAGACUUCUUUGAAACUCAAGACCCCGUCUCCGUUCAGAACAUUACCAUCGACACAAUCACAGGAAAUGUAUUCCUGGGGUUGCCACAAGACCUUGAUGUAAAUGAACCGCUUGAAUCCACACAGCCGACAAGGAAUUACACCUUCGAAAGCAGUGAGGAUGGAUUUAGCGCCGUCCUGUCUGGUCCGGAUUUGGUCGAGCCCCUUGCGCUUGAUUUUGCCAAUCCCUUGGAGCAAGGAGGUCGCCUGGAGAAUGUGUUUCUAUACAGCGACAAUCUCGAGCGAGGCUACUAUUUUUACAACAGUCGGGGUGAACCUGCAGAAACACUGCCAUCGGGAGAGCCCAUCCCCAGUUUGAGCUCGGGCGGUCCAUCCGACACCGAGCCGGUAGUUGCCAUUGUGGAUCUUUCAAAUCCAGACGACGUGUCCUACACGACGUUCGAAUACACAGGAAGGCCGAACUACUUCAAUGGGCCAGCGCAUAACCACUGGGAUCAACUACAAGUUGUGGAACUCCGUGAGAAUGGUGCCGAUUGCUUCCUCUCUGCCUACUUUUACUACAACGAGACGGCUGUCCGGCUUGUCGGGUACCGCCAAUUCACAAGGGCCUCCUUUGGUCUCACUGCUGUUUCAUUUGCAGAUGAUGGGACCUUUGCUUACAAUGUCAAGAAUGUUAUGCCGACCAGACCUACCAGUAUGAGAUCCCAGACUCCCGAAAGCUACAAGAUCGAAAAGGUCAACAUUGCUACAGGGGAGACAUCUGAACUUGAAUUGAACCAUGUGCUAGACCCUAUGGACGUUUCGGCGCUUAUCGCUACAGCUACAGGGGAGACAACUGAACCUGAUUUGAACCAAAUGAAAGACCCUGUGGACGUUUCCACGCUUAGCCUACAAGACACAACAUCUUCCAGCAGUUCAGCUUGGAGCAACGGCAGCCUUUGGAUGUUGCUGGUUGCACCUUUCCUAUGGAAUGUUGUCACUCGUUAG